GGCGUCGUUUUGCAAACGGACAAGACAGAGAAAAUGGCGUCCGAUCGUCUGGUUACAUUUCGUGUUUAAUUUCUCUUCAUUUUAUUACGAAGUUUGGUAUAUCGGCAUCGUUAAAUUACAUCGAAAGUUAACGAGAAUUGAUCAUGUCUUAAUUUAAAUGUCGUUAAAUUGUAUUUUUACAAGUUAAAAGUUUUGAUUUUUGAUUUGUGAGUAAAAUAAUAAGAAUUGAUAAAAUGACGACGUUCGCCGAUCGUUUAGGUUUAAGAAACGAAGUUAGAGAAUUCCGUUUAGGAAGAAGUUUCUCUCGAAGUGGUAAUGUUGCAUUCCAUUCAGUUAGAUAUGAUUUUAAACCGGCUUCUGUGGAUACUACCAAGAUGGCAGCAGUUGACGUCGGCGAGGGACAUCAAGUAACGGUUACAGUUCCUCAUAUCGAAGGUUCGGGAACAUCGCAGACUGUUUUCAAGGGUUCGAAGAAACCUUAUCUUAAGGAAUGUGUGUUGAUUGUAGAUCAUGCUACUGGUGAAAUCACAUUAGAAAGACUUAGCCAAAAUAUAAAUUUGAAAAAGACAAGAGCUGAAGGCAGUAGCAAAAUACUGACCAGACCCAUCACUCCCACAGAACACAAUUCAAAAAAAUUAUCUCCUUCACAAAAGUCUCUCAAUUCACCCAGUCAGAAAAACAUGUGGACUAAUAACCAGACUUCACCGAAUCAGCAUAUUUCUCCCCACUCUCGAAGUUCUCCUGCUCAUCGCAGUCCCACGAACCAGGCAAGUCCUUCAAUGCCCUGUCUUGUGACGCCGCAGGGUGGUAGGACAGCAACACCACCGGUAGCCAGCAUGCCAGUAUUAACACAUGACGAUUUGGUUAUGAAUGAUACAUCUGAAGUCGGUAUUUUAUCCAGUGAUUCCAGCGAGUCAAGUAGCAGUGGCAGUUCCAGCAGCUCGGAUUCCAGUGAUUCUGAAGCUGAAAAUGACCGUGAACAGAAAUCUCAUAGUUUAGGUCAUACCAUUAAUGGUGGCGAUGGAACUCCAAAUAGCCAGUCAUCAAUCUUUUCCAGUAUGCCUAAAUUCAGCCAAUUGAGUGAAGAUUUGCAACUGAGUGAAUCCGGAAGCGAAAGCGAUUAAAGAACAAAAAAAAAAUAAACUCAAUUCCAAACACAUAAAUAACAAACUGGGAUGUUCCAACGGUUACGCGAAAGUUGCCACUUGAACGAUAUAUCUGUGAUAUCUCUACAGAAUCCGUAAAUAGUAUCAACUCUUCUCUUCCCCCACAAAAUUAACAUACCCAAGAAGGAAUGACUCGGCUCGCUCGGUAAUUUAUCAAAAUUAUUAAUGGAUUUUGCUCACGUUGAUUCGGUCUUCCUUCCCGCUCGUAAACGCAACUCUGCGCCCAUAUUUUUCCAGUCGGCAUACCCAAAUGCUAUUUUUAAAAUUUUGUGAUAAAAAAAAAAAAAACAUUCUUAGAUCUUUAUCUAUUUCCGGAAAGCGGAUUUACAAAUGUGAAAUUC